AAAUGAAAAAUACAAAAAAAACUUUAUACAAACAUUAGUUGAUUGUGGAUCAGUUUUACGUAAAAAUUUCACUGAAACGGUUUGUUAAACUUAAAACUACGGAUAAAUAAAGAAACGUAUUAACAAAAAAAAAACAACACACAAAUAAAACAUCCGACAACACUAAACUUAAAUGGAAUUUUAAUAGAUUUUUUUUUGCUAACGAAAAGAAGGAAAAAAAUUAUAAAAACGUUUAUAUAUUAGAAAAAUUCAAAUUGUACUACGUAGAGCCAUACAAUACACAAUUUUGAAAUUAAGAAAAAUUUACUGCAUUUUUGGUAUUUUCUUUAAACUACAAAUAUAAACCCUGUGGAUUUUUUUUUGUUGUUUCAAACAGAUUUCUAAUUUAUAGAAAUAGCGCAUAUAUUUGUGGUCGAUUAAAUAAUUCAAAAGCUACAACUAAAAACAAACAAAAAUCUAAACAAAAUGUCUCAUCAAUGCAGUUGCGGUCGUGACCUCAACAACAAUUAUGUCGGCUAUACAAGUGCUUAUGCAAAUGCCAAUACCAGCUUAGAUCGUGAGUCCAAUGCCACCUUAAGUGGCUCUACGAAAUCCUCACCAGGCUCACAAACCCAAUUCACAGCCAAGCUAAUAGUGGGCACAGUGGGCGCCAUCAAAGAGCUAAGGGAAAAGGAAAAAUCACGUCAAACAAUGACACGUGCCGGGGAUCGCAGAAAUUGAGUGGCUUUUAAAACACAGCAACAACAAAAAGAGGAUGAGUUUCUUUUCGUUUUUUUUUCUUUCUAAAACAUUUAGAAGUGUCUAGCUGAGGCAAAAGAGUUUUUUAAGCUGUUAACUUUAAGGUGUUGUAAGAGCAGGUGUAUUUGAAGUUGUAUAUGUAGAAUGAAUGAAUGAAGUGAUGAAAGAGUUCUUUAAAGCUCUUGCUAAUUGUUAGUGUGAUUUAAAAAAAAAUGUAGUAAAUUAGUGGAAAACUUCAAUGAAGAUUAUAAUGAUGUCCUUUUUUCUAUUUAUCUAAAAAAGAAAUGUUUUGUAUAUUUUUAGUUUUAUAAUGAAACAUUUUCAUUUAAGAAGAGAGUCUAAUUAGUACCGUUUUACAGAAGUAGUUUAAAAAAGAAAUAUUACAUUUCUUUAAAAUGUAAAUUAAUUAUUUAAUUAAGUAUAAAUGCAGUGGAAAU